GUUACACACUACAAGCAAUAUCCACCUAAUACAAGCAAAGUAUAUUCCUACUUUGAAUGUCGUGAAAAGAAGACUGAAAAUUCCAAAUUAAGGAAAGUGAAAUAUGAAGAAACUGUCUUUUAUGGUUUGCAGUACAUUCUGAAUAAAUACUUAAAAGGUAAAGUGGUGACCAAAGAGAAAAUCAAGGAAGCCAAAGAAGUAUAUAGGGAGCAUUUUCAAGAUGAUGUCUUCAACGAAAAGGGAUGGAACUAUAUUUUGGAGAAAUACGAUGGCCAUCUUCCUAUAGAAAUAAAGGCUGUUCCUGAGGGCUCUGUAAUUCCCAGAGGAAAUGUUCUUUUCACAGUAGAAAACACAGAUCCAGAGUGCUACUGGCUCACAAAUUGGAUUGAGACUAUUCUUGUGCAGUCAUGGUAUCCAAUCACAGUGGCUACAAACUCAAGAGAGCAGAAAAAGAUUUUGGCCAAAUAUUUGCUAGAGACUUCUGGCAGCUUAGAAGGACUGGAGUAUAAACUGCAUGACUUCGGCUACAGAGGAGUCUCUUCACAAGAGACUGCAGGAAUAGGAGCUUCAGCUCAUUUGGUGAACUUCAAAGGAACAGACACUGUAGCAGGAAUUGCGUUAAUUAAGAAGUACUACGGUACAAAAGAUCCGGUUCCAGGAUAUUCUGUUCCAGCUGCUGAACACAGUACCAUAACAGCUUGGGGGAAAGAUCAUGAAAAAGAUGCUUUUGAACACAUAGUGACACAGUUUUCUUCAGUGCCUGUAUCUGUGGUUAGUGACAGCUACGACAUUUACAAUGCUUGUGAAAAAAUAUGGGGUGAUAACUUAAGGCAUAUAAUUGAAGCCCGAAGUCCAGAGGCACCACUUAUUAUUAGACCAGAUUCUGGAAAUCCUCUUGACACUGUUUUAAAG